AACGACGUCACAGCUCCCCGGCGUCUAAUGGCUGAACAACAACAAACUGUCGGCUGAAAAACUUUACGAACUUCUUCACACACAAAGGAAAGUUAGAAACAGCUUCGCGUUUUCGUCGCAUAUCACUUCAGGUGUCUUUGUUUGUUCUUUUUUUAAAAUCACAAAUGUGGAAUUACUAAAUGGAUCCCAGGUAUGACAUACCGCGGAGGGCCGCCGGUGGCGGCGGCGGGGGCUCCGCGAACUCGUCCCCCGCUCUGGGCUCUCAGUCCCGCCGCAGGAAGAUGCCUCCCAGACCCGCUGAUUUUAAACUGCAGAUUAUCAUCAUCGGCUCCCGCGGCGUCGGUAAAACCAGCCUCAUGGAGAGAUUCACCGACGACACUUUCUGCGAAGCCUGCAAGUCGACCGUAGGAGUCGACUUCAAAAUCAAGACAGUGGAGUUGAGAGGAAAGAAGAUCAGACUACAGAUUUGGGACACUGCUGGCCAGGAGAGAUUCAACAGCAUCACAUCGGCCUACUACAGAGGAGCUAAGGGAAUAGUGCUGGUGUAUGAUAUCACAAAACAGGAGACUUUUGAUGACCUGCCCAAAUGGAUGAAGAUGAUAGACAAGUACGCCUCAGAGGAAGCCGAGCUGCUGCUGGUCGGGAACAAGCUGGACUGUGAGACUGAUCGCAUCAUCACCAGACAACAAGGAGAGAGGUUUUCCUCUCGAAUAAGCGGCAUGCGCUUCUGCGAAGCUAGUGCCAAGGAUAACUUUAACGUGGAUGAGAUCUUCCUGAAGCUCGUGGAUGACAUCCUCAGCAAGAUGCCUCUGGAAGUUCCCAACAAGGAGCUCUCCAACAGCGUCCUGUCGCUGCAGCCCGAGCCGGAGGUGCCGCCGGAGUUGCCCCCGCCCCGCAUGCGCUGCUGCUGAGAUCGGUCCCCCAUCCUACACAACACAACACACGCAGAACACCAACGUGGCCACCAGGGGGCAGCACAAAGCAGCAGAUUGAGAUUAUGGAAAGCUGCUGCAUGGACUCUGAAACAAACAGUAUUAUCUCCCCCCCCAAACACUAACACUUACCCCACUGAAUCACCCCCUUCCUUCGUGUCUACACUCGACCCAGACUACCUCAUAGCUCUGACGGUUAGGCUAGCCAGGUGCCUUCCAGGUAGAGAGCCCUCUGGUAGCAGCUGCACAUUUUCUAAAGAGGGAGCAGUUCUCUUCCUGUUUUCACACUAAGUCUGACACCUACUGUUGUCUCGCCAUUAAAAGGGGUAAAAACAUCCAGCUUGGUUCAGAUUCUGGGUCUCAUAGGUACAGUAGUUUCAUGUACUUAUUAGCAGCUGUUGUUGACUUGAGGUAAAAGAAAAGCACACGGUGUAAAUAUAACGACUGGACACGGUGGCUGUGAGGUGGGGAUCAUAUCGGUUUCUGUUGCUUUUUAGUUUUUGACUUAAGUAUUAAACGUGGCUGCGAUUCAAAACAUGUAUAAAUAGUUUUUGCACUACAGUCCAUCUUCCCGGAGUUAAGCUGGAAAGCACACGACUUGUAGUUUAGCACUAAUAAAGAUCAACGUCUGACGAAGACGCAAGGACAGAUGGAUAAUGUAGUCUUUUAUUUUGAGGGAUUGGUGUUCGUACAGGGGCGUUCUCCAUGUGUGUGACCGGCUUUUUGAACACACAUACGUGGUUUGAGCCUUUGUUUUUGUUACUAAUAUUUCAUUUUCUUCCUCUGAGUUCAGAUGGAGGUUAACCCUCCUGUUGUCCUCAUUUACGGGCACCAAAAAAUAUUGUUUCCUUGUCUGAAAAAAAUUCCCCAAAUUUCUGAAAAUUUGCAAAACCUUCAGGAAGAAAACUCCAAUAAUUCCUUAAAAGUUUCCCUUAAAAGUAUGAUUUUAAAAAAAUUCCCCCAAUUUGGCAAGAAAAUUCUUGUAAAUAUUUUCCGAAAAUGAGUAAAAAUCUUCCAAAAAAAUCCUAAAAAUAUCUAAAGUGAUUCCAUAUAUAUCAGUAAAACUUCUAAUAUUUUCUUUAAGAACAUUCACAAAAAAUCAACCAAAAUCAAGCGAAAUUCACUGGAUUUUGGUUGAUUUUUAUGUGAAUGUUCUUCAGAAACAUUUUUAACAUUUCUUUUUUCCACCAAAAAAAAUGUUCAAAGUUUUCCCAAAAAUGUUGAAAAUGUGGACAUCAGAAGUUUCACUGUGAAAUUUCUUUAUUUUUUCCCCACAUUUUCAAACUUUAAAACGGGUCAAUUUGACCUGCAGGACGACAUUUUUAGGAUUUUUUUUGGAAGAUUUUUUUAAACUCGUUUUGAAAAUAUUUACAAGAAUUUUCUUGCCAAAUUUGGGGGAUAAAAAAAAAACUUUUAAGGGAAACUUUUAAAGAAUUAUUGGAAUUGUCUUCCUGAAGGUUUUGCAAAUUUUCAGAAAUUUGGGGAAUUUUUUUGCUGAAUUUUGGGAUUUUUUUCAGACAAGGAAACAAUAUUUUUUGGUGCCCAUAAAUGAGGACAACAGGAGGGUUUAUUUUGCAGUUUUGUUCUGGACCAGAAUGUGGAUAUCCCUCAUUACUUGCACAUUUUCAGAAAUACGACACUAUGCAUGUAAUGUACGCCCAACUAUACCGUUAUUUCUUCCGUCUCGACAUGAAUGCAAUAUUAGCGACGUAGCACUGUGAGCGUUUCUGGUUAGUUCUUGAAGCUCGAGUCAACUCAAAGGACCUGAUCUGAAAUGACUCAAACUUGCUUUCUCUCGGUUCUUUUUUUUUUUUUUUUUAAGUUUAAUGUUAAGCUUUGGUGGGCUUAAGAUGGCACAUUAUGUAUCCUAACUAAUGAACAGUUUCAUAUCAAAACUAAAGACGGUGAAAUGGAGCUCGAGCACAUUUUGCAAUAAGUUUAUCAGCCAGCAGAGUGACCUUUGAGUACACAAUUAUCUGACUUUUCUCGCUUGUUUUUGGGAUGAAACCUUCCAUUUGUUUCCCUUCUCCUCCUCUCUUUUACUUUGAGCACUAACCCUGUGGUCUUUGUUCUAAUAGCCUUAUACUACUCAGUGUUUAAAAAUCAAAUCUACAUUUUUAGAAAACGCUAUUAUUUCCAACAUGUAUCCUUAAAGAUGGAAGACUGUACUUUGUAUUAAACCUGUUAUCUUUGAGAAGGUUUGGCAUGUUUAAAAGCAGAUUUGUGGUAUUUAUAACUUGUGGCAUUCUUGAACUAAUGAAAUGCAAUUAAAGAUGUCUAUAUUUAUUACCA